UCUUCUUUGGUUUUUCAUCCAUGGGUCGGUUACCAGCCAAUAGCAGGGAGGAGAAUUCUCCUCAAGAGCAGCAACAACACUCAAACGCAAACCACAUGCCUAGGCCUAACCUUAAUGUGCUCAUUCCACAACCCCGACUCCCCAUCAAUAGGCCUGAUGAAAUAAUUCUGGUCCCUAAUAAUUUUCGAGAUCCAUACUUAAGCAGUGAUGAUAGUGAUAGUGAAUAUAAAAAUGAUGAAUAUUUUGGAGACGAAGAUUCUGAAGACAAUGAACAAGAAGAGGUGGUGGAUUAUUAG